CAACAUAUUCUCCCGAGUGACGAGUCAUGAAAAAGGACGAGUGACAACAGUUUUUUUUCACACGAACUCUAUGCUGAGGCUUGUCGCACAUGCCCAAGAGACAGCGAGGCUCCCGCUGUGUUCAGUUGCCUGUGUGCUUACCUGUGGUAAAUUCUCCGUUUUUCCUCCGCUUGUCAGCAAAGAGAUAUCCGUUCCUCCUAGACGUUAUCUUUAGCUCCCCGUCAUCUUUUUGAGGUGCCUCCCGUCACGACUGGUCUAAUCUCUUUCGCCAACUGAGUCUCGGCUUCCUCCGGGAACGGUGCGAGCCUACGAACACAUGCAUUGUCUCUCCUGAUCAGCUCUUUCGGUUCAUCUCCGCUCGAGUCACAACACAAGACUGGAAUCCUGCCGUGUCUUUUUUUAGAAGUGCACACUUUCAUUGUGAUUCACCACGCUUCAUAGACUGACUAUCAAGCGGUUGAGCGAGCCGUGACGUUCACUGGACACCGGAUGAUGACAGCCCGCGACGACUAAACGACUAAACGCUACAGGUUAGUCUCCUAUUCGUGCAAUGUUUCAUUGUUUCCGCGUCAUGUACUUCUCCUGACAUGUUCCUUUCAUUCGGAAUAGAUCUGUCCUUCGGAUGGGCGGCUUGUCUUUUCCUAGUGUUUAGCUCUUGCUUAAUGCUCUGCAAACAAACACAUUUUCUUGCUUCAGGUGUUUCGCACGUUCCAAAUGGUUCUAGCCUCAUUUCGCUGUUUCCUGUUCAGAAUGCCAAGCUAUUCAUUGAAAAGCUCGGCUCUGGUUCCCAUAAACCGCCUGCUUUUCUGCGGCGAAGAAACCCGUGUUUUCCAUGUUUUUUACCGGAUGGGUCGUUGUCGGCCGUUUUCAACUGUGGAUUUCAGCUGGUGCAAAUUCGUUGCUGAACUAAGACCGGCAAUGGUGAGGGGCGCAUGACAGUCAGCUUUAAAAGCACUCAUUGAACCUAGCAUCUUUUCAUCUCCCGUUCGGAUCUUUCGGUUUCCUUCUUUUUUAGAUUGAAUACACAUUGAAACAAUAUCAAUAACAACGUGGAAAGAUUCUUCUACGUAUUUGCUUUGGUGCUACACAGUGUGCAGAAAAGCACGUCUUCGGUUGCUCGGAGAAAGAAUGAUGCAUAUUUUAGGUUGCCCGCCCAAACGAAUUGAUCGAUACUUUUCGGAAUGCGGAACCAUGCCCGUGGUCGUUUGCCACCUGCUGCUUUUAUUCUUCGGACGUCGUUUUUUAAGCGGUUCUCUCCUCCACUCUCCUGUUGUGUGCUGCCACUGUCCAUACAUGGUGCUCUCAUGCUUCCCGAACUCUGUACAGAAACCGCCGAGAAACCUUGGAUUAUCAUGCUUCUACUCCGCGAAGGAACUGCCCUGAUCGAGAAACCCUUUCGAAAAGCCAAGAACUUUUACACACAUGCUCCGCUCCUCACCUUUACUCACAUCCACACAUCACUUUACCAAUAGACAAAAAUGGAAGAUGCGGCAAAUGGAGACUCUCAGCUCUCUGCUGGAGUUGACGCCCCUCGCUCAAAUGUAGAGGAAGACUCUGGAGAUGCUGAAACGCUGGCGAAAACCCGAUGCAUUGUUCGCUUUUUUGCGAACAACAGCCCUCCUGACCAACUCAAGAGCGUCGUGGAAGACUGCGAAAUGCUGGCGGCAGAUGGAAAUCUGAUGGAUUACGAUUUCUUGGAAGGCGUUUUGGAAACUGCGCAUGACGAGACACUUGCCCUCUUUGCCUUUGCCCCAGGUGAAGGUCAACCCGUCGUCCAGGGGAUCAUGUGCCGCGAGGGCAAACUCGGAGACAACGUGUACCUCUAUCCGCCGGCGAAGCUGACCGUCACGAUCUCCCAUUCCACCUGCGCUCUUCUUCUCCCUCCUCGUCCCGCGUCGCCGUCAUGCUUCCCGGAGGAGCUUGAACCUUAUCGGCAAGCGCUUGAAGACACCUUCAGCUGCUAUGUCGGUCUGCGCUAUUCCGAUGAUUCCGUGGAGCCCCGUCGCUCCGCGGUUCGGACGCGCCACGCCUCGGCUGUCUAUUCGCGCGUUUUGUCAGAAAAUGAAAAGGAGACAACGGAAGCCUCGGACGCUUCUUCAAGCGGCGAGUCCGACACUUACGUCCCGCCUCAGUCGUCUUCAGCUGUUGCGUUCGUGAAAGAAGGAGGAGGAAAAGUCUACAAACUGACAGCCGCCAUGUCGCUGAGACACAGCAAUGCCGAAAGCUGCUGGGCGGCGGCGCGGACGUCGUACUGGGAAGUUUAUUUCUCCGUGGCGACUCAGCGCUUGGUGAUCGAGGGCGAAGUGCGUCUGCGUUCCCACACCUGUGAGGACUGGAACGCCCAAGUGGACUACAGGCGCCGCUUCGUUUCGCGCGAGGCAGCAGCCGGAAAGGGGGAGACAGUAGGUACAGACAACUCGGAAGAGAGAGAACAGAAGAACGGUAACGACACACCUCAGACUGCCGAGCACCUGCCACCGGAAGCUCGAGCGAAAGGAGUGUCUGAGAAGCACGGAAAACGCGUUGCUGAUUGGCAAGAGGGCCUCUACGUGGAAAACUGUCGAGAUGUCGAGGAUCCCACGGCCCUUGCCCGGCACGUCAUCGAGUUCAUCAAAACCAAAGAAACGGAUGUCUUGAGCGAUGAAAAGCACUACUUUCAUGUUUAUGUACCGGAUACCCUGCGAUCGCUUCGUCGUGUUCUCUCCCUCACAGGGAGGAGUUUCGACUGGCAACAGCAGUCUCUUCAACUGUAGUGUGGACUUCCAUUUGGAGGUUUCAGAAACAACAUCGCUGCACCAUCGUCCAUCACCAGCUGAUUCACUUUCUGCCUGGCGCCGGCUGUCCUUGCACUGUCCAGCUUUUUCUCGGCUCUUCCAGCAGUGUGGAAAACGCUCUGCAGGCGCUGCAGCUGACGACCACAAGCACAGCGUCGUUUCCGUAUAACGCCCCAGCGAAAUUUAGGCGAAAGGGCAUCAAGCUCUGAGUUGCUGAUUCUUUCUGUCUUGCCUCCUUCCUGCCUCUUCCCAUUUAAACUCUUCAGACUUUUUAAGACGGCAAGCGACGUCUGUGUGGACGUGCUGACGUGCCUAGCACUCAUGCGCUUAGACUGUUCGACUUGGAUCGCUCUUUGUCUCUAAAUGUAGAUGUGCAUGUAUCGGUAGUACGCAGAUACACAGCGUUGAUGCGGGUAUAUCUAGAUGCAAAAGGUUAUUUCCUUAAACGGCAGGUGUCAAGAAAUCCUUUAAAUCUAGAGGUUGUUGGUCCAGCCUUGAUAGGGAACUGCGGAAAAUGUUCUCGGAGGCUCCCUCCUGUCGAAGGUUUCGGUGGGGAAAAGUUCCUGAAUAAAAAAACCACUUCUCUUCAUCCCCACAUCGCGGCCGAUUUCGUGUGUCGCUGAUCCUUUUGCAUUCUCAUAGAUAUUCGCUCAAGAGGUCCGUAGGGGGCACUUGAGUUCUGACGUUUUUAUUCUGACCUACCGCGCCGGCUCUUGCGUCCUUCGUGGGUGCUUCUCCAGAGACAAAUGCAAAUGUCACACUUCCACCGUACGCACACAUCGCUCACAAGCUUACUCUUUCAAGGACCACUUGACAAAGACAUAGGUGUAGAUCAUUGAUCUCUAUUGCGUGUUCCCUCGCUUUCCGUAGAGCUGGCCAGGCGCAUACAUCUCGAACUUUUAUAUCCUACAUCUCUAUCUCGCUGUUUCCGAUCUAUUUCUUUCUUUACCUAUAUGCGUGUGGGACGGAAUGUAUUUGUGACUGAAACAAAACCUCUUUCUCCCGUCUUUGUUCUUUGUCAACAAAGACAGCAGGUUUCCCGGACGUUCCUUGCUCUUGGAAUUUAGGGAAGCAACACUUGGCACGCGAAAAGGAACCGCCUUUGUGAGGUGCUACCGGAAGGUGGGAAGCUCCGCACGUGACACGAGAACAGAAAAUGAGAAAAAUUCCCUCUCUGCUUCACGGUUCUGGCCUUUCUCCGAGGAGCAACGGCAACACAAUGUCACUUUUCUUGUGAACCUGUGCCAAGCAUUUCGAUUUUUGAGCCACAAAAUUCUCUGUAUAAAAAGUGGAGGAAUGGACGUCUUUUCCGCAUCCUCAAAGAACAUCGAUAAAUCGGUAGAGAGAAAACACGGAACCUGGGGAGAGCCCGACCAAACAGAAAUGCGUCUUAGCACACUCGCAUGUAGAAAGAAACGCGAGGCGCAGAUCUUCGGUACUUCAUCAUAUGAUGGAAUCUUUGGCGGUUCCCUCGAUCUUUACCGGAAGCAAAUGUACAUAUGUGUUCAUCUAUUUCUACAAGCAUGCAUUCCCAUGC